GAGCAGGAACAGUUCUACUCUUGUGCUAUAGUGUCGCUGUGGGUCAAAAAUUGGAUGACAUUUAGAAGGUCAGAAUGUGUGUCUUAUUAAUGUUAGCCCUCUUUGCCGUCGGAAGACUUAAACGUUGAAUACUGAGGCUUCAGGAAGCAACUCCCCAAAGAAUUGAAGUGGAUGCUUUGGAAUCUUCUCAAGGUUAUCGGUACCUGCUGACUGUGAAAGAUGGUCAACGUCUUGAAAGGAGUGCUCAUAGAAUGAUCUGCAGGUAUCUUCCGGGAUCCAGCAGCGCUACCUCAGUGUGGGCGAGAGCAGCGGACGGCCUCAGGCCUGCAGUGCAAAGCCAGCCAUGGUGCCGUCUGACUUCUUGUUGCAGCUUGUGUGUGUAGUUGAGAUCAACGGGCUCCGUGACGCAGCUGCAGAACCGGUCAAUGAUUUGUGACCCGGCCAUGAAGCAGUUCCUGCUCUACUUGGACGAGUCCAAUGCCCUGGGGAAGAAGUUCAUCAUCCAGGACAUCGACGACACACAUGUCUUCGUGGUAGCCGAGCUGGUCAGUGUCCUCCAGGAGCGAGUGGGGGAGUUAAUGGACCAGAACGCCUUCUCUCUUACCCAGAAGUGAGAGCACUAGGUGUCACCCACCCAGCGAUCUUCAGCGACCAGAGACAGACCAUCGCCGUUCGGGGUCCUUUGUUCCUGACUAGACCUCUCCAGGGGCGGGCCACAGGAACCACCGUGGGGUCACGGGUCCAAAAAUAGCCCCUGAGUGGACCUUGUUGUACCUUAGGUUUAAAAAAGGAAAAGAAGAUGCUUAAUUAACUGCUUGCCUGUGAUUGGGAUUUUAUUAUCAUUUAUUAAAAUGCAAAUAUUAA